ACAGUAUUAUAUAUUAUAUGUAUAGUACAAUUAUUUUCUCUUUGAAAACGUUUCAUUGAUUGGAAAGGAAAAUAAAUAUUUUCUUGAAGAAAUAAAAAUUGAGUGUUAUCAAAAUGGCCAGUAUACCGUUAAUGUAUGCGCAGGAGGACUGUGAAUUGGGAGAAAAGGGAAGCAUUGAGGAUGAUUUUGCAUAUCGCAACAAUGUUAUGAAUGCAGAUAAAGAUAUACGUCUUGGCUUUAUUCGAAAAGUUUAUAGCUUGCUGACAGUACAACUAUUGGUCACUGUCGCAAUUGCCUCUGUUUUUUUACUUGUUAAGCCAGUACAAGUAUUUAUACAUUCCAAUGAAUGGAUGGUACUAAUUGCAUUUGUUCUGAGUAUGGGGACACUACUAGCACUGAUUGUUAAACGUCGUGAAUAUCCUACAAAUCUUUACCUACUGGCUGGUUUUACUGUGGUGCAAGCAUACACUAUUGGUGUAGUGGUGUCAUACUUUGACACAUUCAUUGUCCUUCAAGCCCUGGGUCUCACAUUCACGGUGGUUCUGGCUCUGACUUUAUUCACAUUUAAUACAAAGAGGGAUUUCUCUUUCGUCGGAUAUGGCCUCGUAGCCGGACUCAGCGUGCUUAUUAUAGGAGGUUUUCUUCAAAUCUUCCUUCAAAGCUCUGCCUUUGAAAUCGCCCUAUCUUUCACGGGAGCUGUAUUCUUUGGACUUUUCCUUAUCUUUGACACUCAACAGCUCAUGACAACUCUAUCCCCAGAAGAAUAUAUCCUCGCUACUAUCAAUUUGUACAUGGAUAUACUUAACCUAUUUCUAUACAUUUUGCGUAUUUUAAACGAACUAAACCGUAACUGAACAGUAUUAAGUGCAAAUUCUGCUAUUGUAUAUAAAGCUAUAUAUUACAGAUACUUCGAUAUUUUUGUGAAAUGGCUGUGAAUGCUAAAUUCCAAACGUUUUUGCGAAUUAUUUUAUUAUCCGACGUUCGUACAAUAAUUGACAUCUUUCAACUUUAUGACAUUUUUUAAUUAUUUAAAAAAUACUGAUAAAUAUAAAUUAACACAAUGACAUAGAAAUUUGUAUCUUUGUACAUUGUUGUAACCAUACAAGUGUUUUUUUUUAAUUGUAGCAACGAAAUAUAUUUUUUAUAGAAAAUAAAUAAGCCCCAUAUAAUAAGAUAUAUAUAUAGUUAAAUUUCCAUUUUUGCUGGUGGCUGUAGUGGAACGAAGUCGGCACAUGUAUUUUUGUUUUUUCAUGGCACAAUAUCUAUUACUACAUCGUUAUAAAAGUCAUUAUUUUAAUAAAUUGUUUGGAAAUCAAAAAUUUUA